ACCAGAGACUCCAACUGAGCGCACACAAUCAGAGGGAGCUGCAUAUCCACCGCACAGGAGACCCUCUAUACUGGGCAGGGGGCAAGAGGGUAUUUAAACACAUAUACACCUUGGACAUGCCUGAGGGAUACAAGCCAAGGAGAUAGCUUUCUACAACCUAGCACAGACACCUGCUCCUUUUCACUAGGACUUCUACAGGUGACAAACUUCAGCAAGCGUCACUUUCGCGAGUUGAACUUGCAGAAGAAGAGACCGUGGAUUCUCACGCAUUAAAUAAUCCACUUUACGGAGGUUCAACAAGCGCCACAAACCUACCAUGAGUAAAGUCCACGCCUGAUCCGCCCAGUUAGUGAUAGGAUACCAAGAUGGAGCAGGAUGGCUCAGAGCUCCCCAAUAUCACAGGGUUCUGGUCUUCUUCUCUACCCCAGUUUGACAACUUCUCUUUGGAGACCUCCACGAAUGCAUCUGGAAAUGUCACCAUGCCAUUUUACGACAUGACAAGCAACGCCGUCCUCACCUUCAUUUACUUUGUGGUGUGUAUAGUUGGACUCUGUGGCAAUACUUUAGUCAUCUACGUCAUUCUUCGUUACGCCAAAAUGAAGACCAUCACCAAUAUCUACAUCCUCAAUCUGGCUAUAGCCGACGAGCUGUUCAUGCUUGGUUUGCCUUUUUUGGCCAUGCAAGUGGCCCUUGUCCACUGGCCGUUUGGCAAAGUCAUUUGCAGAAUUGUAAUGACUGUAGAUGGACUCAACCAAUUCACUAGCAUCUUCUGCUUGACGGUCAUGAGCAUUGACAGGUAUCUGGCUGUGGUUCAUCCCAUCCGAUCGGCUAAAUGGAGGAGGCCCCGAACAGCUAAAAUAGUCAAUGCCGCUGUGUGGACCCUAUCUCUUUUGGUUAUUAUGCCUAUUAUGAAUUACGCUGGAGUGCAAAGUCACCAUGGAAUAAGCAGCUGCACCAUCAUUUGGCCAGGAAAAUCUCAUUUCUGGUACACCGGUUUUAUAAUCUACGCCUUUAUUUUGGGAUUUCUUGUUCCUCUAAGCAUCAUAUGCCUCUGCUAUCUCUUCAUCAUCAUCAAAGUAAAGUCCUCGGGGAUAAGAGUUGGUUCAUCCAAAAGGAAGAGGUCAGAAAAGAAGGUCACCAGAAUGGUGUCAAUAGUGGUAGCAGUCUUCAUCUUCUGCUGGCUUCCCUUCUACAUCUUCAACGUCUCAUCUGUAUCGCUCUUGAUUGUUCCAAACCCAAGUAUCAAGGCUAUGUGGGACUUUGUGGUGGUUCUGACCUAUGCCAACAGUUGUGCCAACCCCAUCCUCUACGCCUUCCUUUCCGAUAACUUUAAGAAGAGCUUUCAGAAUGUCCUGUGCUUGUCCAAAGUGAGUGGCAUGGAUGAAGGGGACAGGAGUGACAGCAAGCAAGACAAAUCCAGAUUAAACGAAACCACAGAAACUCAACGCACACUACUUAAUGGUGAUCUCCAAACAACCAUCUGAGGAUACACAUAGUACAAGUGGCAUUCAACCGCCAAAUGUUCAUCUGAGCUAUUGGGGAUAUUUAAAUUGUAUAGACUUGUAGCUGAUGAUAUGUCAAUCUAGUGUUUGGAGGAUCAGUUCGAAGGCUUCACUGCCAGACAUCUACAGGAUCUACACAGGCUUUGGACAUAACAGCCAGCCUCUUGCUCAUCAACAGUUCCUAUACCUUCUAAAAGAAUAAAUAUGGUAACCGCGGCAUCCUCUUUAUGGAUGCUAGUAGUGUAAAGGCGUUCUACAACAUCCCGGGAUACAAUGAUGGCUCCAGAUAAAGAGCAAAAGUGCAAUAUCAAAUCUCACUGUGCCCAUAUCUGCAAUUUUUCCCUACCCCGAACUGUCACAUCAAAGGACUCUCUGAACUGACCCUGUCCAGUGCCAAUAUCCUGAAAGUUAUUGCUAACAAUGGAAGCUGCCAUACUGAAUGGACAAUCAUAUAUCUAAAAGAACCUAAACAAAGCACUUGUACAGUCUAAAUCUGAAUCGGCUAUCUCGAGGCAGGAGUGGGUCUAAUUUUGGCCACAGUGUCUUCGGGGUUGCUACCACUGUGGUCUUCAGAGGAAAACAACAUUAAUGUUGACUUAUAGUCACAAACUAAUCAUACCUAGAAAGAAACAAGGGUUGAACAGAUGGGCUGUAUAUUUUUGAAAGAUUUCUUCAAGAACACAGAUUAACAAAUUCACGAGUGAUGUUGUUUGAAUAGUAACUUUUUUUAGAUUUCUAUAAUGUACCGGUAUUAGCUUCGGGAUAGUGGAAGAGUCUGUAUCUGAAUGUCAGGGUUCUAAACUAGAAAAUUAUGCUGCUAAUAUGAGAUAAAA